CAACCUUCAUAUUGCUCAACCAACUUUUAAAAAAUAUAUAAAAUGACCACUGAACGCUGGAAAAGUUAGUCUCAGUGAAUCGCCAUCCAGAACACCAAAAUCUCAGAGUCAGACAGUCGGAACAAUGCAGCUGUUUCUAGCAUUCAGUCUUCUUCUUUUGGGAACAUCUUUGACCAGCUCACAACCAGGCCAGGAAAGGGGUGUGAAAGAAGAAGUGGAGCAUUUGAAAGAAGGACUACAACAUUUGGAAACAAAACUGGAAAAACUUGAGCGUGCUUUUUUCACAGUCCAUAAAGCUCGCUCUUUCGGAAGUGGCAGUGAAAGACUAUACAUCACAAAUGGAGGUGAAGGGGACUUUGAAACAGCAAAUUCCACCUGUCUUGCAGCUGGUGGUCACAUUCCUUCACCAAAGAAAGAGCCCGAGAAUCAGGCCCUGCAGAGUGUGUUAAAGAGGCAUGACAAAUCCGCCUACGUUCUGGGCCAUAAUUCUGUUGGAUACACAAACUGGGCAGCCGGAGAACCAAACAAUGCUGAUGGAACUAAGAACUGUGCAGAAACUGACAAAGAGGGCAAGUGGCGAGCUGCAUCCUGUGGAGGGAAGCACUUGAUAGUUUGUGAAUUUUCCUUUAUCCCCUAACUUUGGUUAGCAUCUGUACCAGUGUGGUGUAAGUGGAAAGAGUGUUGGUCUUGGACUCGGAGGGUCCAGGUUCAAACCCUCACUCAAUCAUAAAGCUCACUGGAUAACUCUCAGCCUAACCAACCUCACAGGGUUGUUGUGAGGCUAACAGUGGGUGAAUUUGCACAUAUGCUUCCUUGAGCUUCUUGGAGGAAAGAUGGAAGUAAAUGAAUCUGAUAAAUAAAAAAAAUUGUCAGAG